AUGGUGGAGCAAUUUUUCUUAGAUCUGACAAUCAACGACGUCCUCGAUAAUGCAGCUGACAUGGGACUUGUCGAGCCCUGGGCCAGUAUGUACGUCAGUGCCAUACGUGAGAAAAGAUAUGGUGAUGCUAUAUGGGCGAGAUACCAUAUUUGGGGACAGGUGCAGUUGAAUGGGAUCAUCAAAGGCACGGACAAGACUGUGCUCGAUAUGAUAGAAGAGGACGCGAUUGAGGCUAGAGUUGGCGAGCCAGAAAUGUAUGAGGACUGUUUGGCGUUUUAUGCAAAGACUAGCGCGGCAGAUGGACAUCCUGAGACUAUUGGAGUUUUGAGACGCAUUCGUGAUGCUGAUUAUGAUUUUUUGAAGAUGGGACUUGAAGAGCACAGGAGAGCUACGGAGUCGUCUCCUUAA